AGUAGCAUUCUGCAGCAUUAAAGCCUUGACGAGAAUCUCUCUAACGCCACAACUGAACAGAUGUGCCUGUAAAAAGCCCAUCAAAACCUUUAAAGGUUGAGAUUGAGGGUAUAUUAAACCUUUUAGGAGCUAAACACGAUUGAUGUAUUGGUCUUCUCCCGCAGGCAGCCGCUAGGGGGCAGAGCGCUCAAAGUCUCCCUGCAUUAUUGACAGCAUCAGAGCUGCGCUGAAGGCUGGGUUCAGUUCCAGGGAUGAAAUCGAAUGUGACAACACAAUUCCUUUGAUUAUAAUUACAUUAUUAUGCUAACUGCAUGUGUAUGCGGAUCAAGCAUGUCAAACACCGCAACAGGUGUCACGCUUUACUUUCUGCACACUUCACGCUGCUUAUUUGCAAACCUACCCCAUUCUCCAGUUUGAGUGUGUAAUGCACUGCACUACACCUGGUGAAGCCAAUGUCUUGUGAAAUGGAUCAUAUUAUGGCAGUGAUAAAAAUGAGGUUUCUCUUCACCUGCGUGCUGUUUUGAUUGACAUAUCAGGCGAAAAGCGGAGGUGUCGACUUUUCUCAUGCAUCUUCCAGCAAUGCAGCAGACGAAAUGACUGCAAGCGGGUUGCAAGUAGGCUACUAGAUGUAUUAUAAAAAUUAACUAUCCCACCCCUCAAAAUAGCGCAUGCUUUAAUCAAUACAGGACAAUGGUGAAAUAAUGCACUGCAGCAGUAACUGAACCCGCUUGUGUCAGCAAUGGACGGGAUGUCCAGGCAGGCGCCGUGUCUCGUCUCAGCUGCUGAGCUCGAGGCACCAGUUGCUCAGUCGCUGCUGUGAUAGUGGAUCUAGACCCGCUCCUGAGUGAUGACAACACUUUCUAUACGCGAGCGACCUGAAACAAUCACGGCGGAGGGAUAAACAAGGGCGAAGGCGUUUGCAUUUUCACGCGGCGUCGGGUUGUGCGCUUUGCUGAGUGACUAUGGUGGAGCUGGAGAAGGAGGUUCUGCCGCUGCCGCCGCGGUACCGGUUCCGAGACCUGUUGCUCGGGGACUGGCAGACCGACGACAGAGUGCAGGUAGAGUUCUAUGUGAAUGAAAACACUUUCAAGGAACGUCUGAAGCUGUUCUUCAUCAAAAACCAAAGAUCCAGUUUGAGAGUGCGACUCUUCAACUUCUUCCUGAAGGUUCUGAGCUGCCUGCUCUACAUCCUACGAGUCCUGCUGGACGACCCACGGGAGGAGAGAGACUGUCCUGGCUGUCUCAGACAGAAUGCCUCUGCCCACAACAGAAGCCAUUUUGACUGGUCCCUCAUUAUUUGGGUGAACAGGCCUCUGCCACUCUGGGCUCUUCAGGUGCUUGUUGCAUUCAUCAGUUUUUCAGAGACCAUGUUGCUGGUGUACCUUAGCUACAAGGGGAAUGUUUGGGAGCAAGUGUUGCGCAUUCCGUUCGUUCUAGAGAUGAUCAGCGCUGUUCCUUUCGUGAUCACUGUGAUUUUGCCCUCCCUCAGAAACUUGUUCAUUCCUGUUUUCCUGAACUGCUGGCUGGCCAAACACGCUCUCGAGAACAUGAUUAAUGACCUGCACAGAGCGAUUCAGCGAACACACUCGGCCAUGUUCAACCAGGUGCUCAUCCUCAUCAGCACCCUGCUCUGCCUCAUCUUUACCUGUAUCUGUGGUAUUCAGCACUUGGAACGAGCAGGGAACAACCUGACGCUCUUUGACUCUCUGUAUUUCUGUGUUGUCACCUUCUCCACGGUGGGAUUUGGUGAUGUUACACCUCAGAUCUGGCCCUCUCAGCUGCUAGUGGUCAUCAUGAUCUGUGUGGCUCUUAUAGUUCUACCAAUACAGUUUGAGCAGUUGGCUUUCUUGUGGAUGGAGCGACAGAAGUCCGGGGGGAACUACAGCCGGUAUCGUGCCCAGACCGAGAAGCACGUGGUGUUAUGUGUCAGCUGUCUCAAAAUAGACCUACUCAUGGACUUUCUCAACGAAUUCUUUGCACACCCCAGACUGCAGGACUACUAUGUGGUCAUCUUAUGUCCCGCUGAGAUGGAUGUCCAGGUGCGAAGGAUACUGCAUAUCCCGCUAUGGGCUCAGAGGGUCAUCUACCUGCAGGGAUCUGCUCUCAAAGACCAGGACCUAAUGAGGGCAAAGAUGGAUGAUGCCGAGGCCUGUUUUAUCCUAAGCAACCGAUUUGAAGUGGACCGCUUUGCCGCUGACCAUCAGACCAUUCUUAGGGCCUGGGCCGUGAAGGACUUUGCCCCAAACUGCCCUCUCUACGUGCAGAUCCUCAAACCCGAGAAUAAGUUUCACAUCAAGUUCGCAGACCAUGUGGUUUGUGAGGAAGAGUUUAAGUAUGCCAUGUUGGCCCUCAACUGUGUGUGUCCUGCCACCUCCACCCUGAUCACCUUAUUGAUUCACUCCUCUAGAGGACAAACAGCAUCUUCAGAGGCCUUCAAGCAGCGAGCAGGCGCCUUCCAGCCCCUCAACAGGGAAGGCGGUGCUGUCCCCGUCGACCAAUGGCAGCGCACGUACCGGCGGUGUGCAGCCAAUGAGGUCCACCACAUCCGGCUGGAAGAGAGCAAGUUUUUUGGAGAAUAUCAGGGAAAGAGUUUCACUUUUGCCUCCUUUCAUGCACAUAAGAAAUAUGGUGUAUGUCUGAUCGGGGUGCGCAGGAUGGACACAGCCAACAUCCUCUUGAACCCCGGACCCUGCCACAUCAUGGGAGCCUCCGACACCUGUUUCUACAUCAACAUCUCCAAGGAGGAGAACUCAGCCUUUGUCAGGGGCCACAGAGAGCCAGUCAGGGGCCUGGGGGGCAACUCCAGAGGGGUCUCGCAGACAAUCUAUCAUGGCCUCACUCGACUACCAGUGCACAGUAUUAUAGCCAGCAUGGGCACAGUAGCCAUAGACCUGCAGGACUCCAGUGACAGCAGUCCAGAAGGCUUGGGCCCGCCGGCUCUGGGCAGUGGGAGUGUGAGCAGGAGUGGGUCCAGGACAGAAGUGGGCGGCUGUAACACUCUAGCGCCGCCCGCCAUGAGUGGCUCAGGGGAGGAGAGGAGACACAGCAUCGCCCCCGUCCUGGAGGUGGUUGACGGGGUGCCCGGCGCUACAUUUGACCUGCUAGGGGACCAAUCGGAGGACGAGGGAGGAGAAGAAGGAAAGGAGGAAGAGGGAGGAGAGCAGAAAGGCCAGUGGUGGGGAGCACACUGCGAAUGGGUCAAAGGCUACCCGCUAAAUUCUCCAUACAUCGGCAGCUCUCCUGCCCUCUGCCACCUCCUGCAGGAGAAAAUGCCAUUUUGCUGUCUGCGCCUGGAUAAGGCUUGUCAUCAUAUGCCCUACGAGGACGCUCGCUCAUACGGCUUUAAAAACAAACUGAUUAUCGUGUCCGCAGAAAGCGCUGGAAACGGCCUCUAUAACUUCAUCGUUCCGCUGCGGGCGUAUUACCGGCCCAGGAAGGAGCUCAACCCCAUCGUUUUGCUACUGGAGAAUGUACCUGAGGCAGACUUCCUGGAGGCCAUCUGCUGGUUUCCUAUGGUUUUCUACACAGUGGGCUCCAUUGACAAUUUGGACAGUCUUCUGCGUUGUGGUGUGACGUUUGCUGACACCAUGGUUGUGGUGGACAAAGAAAGCUCCAUGAUCGCUGAGGAGGAUUACAUGGCUGAUGCCAAGACCAUUGUUAAUGUUCAGACGCUCUUCAGGCUUUUUCCAGCUCUCAGUAUCAUAACUGAACUCACCCACCCGGCCAACAUGCGCUUCAUGCAGUUCAAAGUGAAAGACCACUAUUCUCUAGCUCUCUCCAAGCUGGAAAAGAAAGAGAGAGAGGGAGGCUCUAACCUGGUGUUCAUGUUCAGACUACCGUUUGCAGCUGGGAAGGUGUUUAGUGUCAGUAUGUUAGACACUCUGCUGUAUCAGUCCUUUGUGAAGGACUACAUGAUCUCCAUCACUAGACUGCUGCUAGGUCUCGACUCCAUGCCUGGAUCUGGCUUCCUGUGUGCUAUGAAGAUCACAGAGGAGGAUUUGUGGAUUCGCACUUACGGCCGUCUCUACCAGAAGCUGUGCUCGUCGACAGGAGACAUUCCCAUCGGCAUCUACCGCACUGAAGCGCAUAAACUGCCCAUCUCAGAGUCUCAGGUGUCUAUCACGGUGGAGGACUACGAGGAUACGCGUGAACCCCGCGAGCCUCUGCUCUGCCGCUCCGGUCUUCACCGUAACUCCACGUCGUCCGAGCCUCCCUCCUCCUCAUCAUCACAGGCCAUGGACCACCCGCUCCUGAGGAGGAAGAGCAUGCAGUGGGCGCGGCGGUUGAGUCGUAAAGGUGGGCGGGGCUCCAGCGGGGCCAAGGGAGUGGGGAGCGCCGCCGAGCGCAUCAGCCAGCAGAGACUCAACCUGUUCCGCCGAUCCGAGAGACAGGAGCUCAACGCUUUGGUCCGCACACGCAUGAAGCACCUGGGGCUCUCGCCAUCUGGAUUUAAUGGGAUGACGGACCAAGGCAACAGACUGUCUUAUAUUCUUAUCAACCCUUCACCCGACACACGCCUGGAGCUCCAUGAUGUCGUGUAUCUGAUCAGACCAGACCUUCUGUCACCAGUGCCUAACCAGGCCGGCGGUCGCAAGCCCAGCGCAGGGCCAGCGGAGGGACACAGAUAUGACACACAGGACAGCACUCAUCUAUAAACACAAUCACCACAGGCCACCAGCAGCACGAAAAGAUGGGGACAUACUUAUACAUAUGUGUGUGUGUGUGUGUGUGUGUGUGUGUGUACGGUUGAGAGAGAGAGAGGAAUACCUGUGCAGAUGGGACUGUGAGCUAAUAUACACUGUAAAAAGUGAUCUAGCUUUUAUUUGCCUUUAAUCAGCUUUCAUGUUAAAUAGUCAAUACAACUGAAACUGUUGAGAGAUCACAAUUUUUUAAGCUUUCAUUGAAUCAACUAAUGGAUGCUUUUCAAGAGCCAAAAUUAGAAGAAAAUAAAAUAUAUAUAUAUAUGUUUUGCAUAAACAAAAUGAAGCCUUUUAGGACCGUUUUGAAUUGUGAUACUAUUUUCAUGACAAUUAAAUACAUUUGUUUCGUUUUGGAAUAAAAGUCAUAGCUCGUUUUACAUGCUAAAAAAUUACUUAUUUUCCAUUAAAAAUAUUCCAUUAAUAUAUGGUAAUAGUAAUUGUCACGAUCAUAAUGGUCCUAAAAGUAGGCUUCAUUCUUUAUAAUUGUUCUCUUAAGAACAUGGUUCAAAUAAAUAAAAACAAUAUUGCCAUGCCUGCUUAUUAUAAGCACUUUUGGAAUCUUUUUUUUUUAUCAGUCAUAUGUUUCAGCCUCAUGCUUUGCCCCAGUAGCACAAUAAAGUGUUAUGACUUCUAAUAUAACUUGUAAAAUCCUUACCAAACUACGUUAACUUAACUUUAAGUAAGUAUGAUUCUGUAAAUAACAGGAGGUAGAAUGUUUAACUUAAAGGUUUAUCUAAUGUGUCUAGAAUGAUCCUAUCAAAUGUAAAAGAUAAAAGCUGUCAGUGUAUAAAACAAAAGAGUCUGUACAAACCAAGAGUGAUUUUUCAAGAUGAAAAUGCCAUCUUUAAGGCACAGGUCAUCCAUAAUUCUAGUUCUUUUAACAGAUUCUUCACCACAAUUUGUGUUUCUGCAGGUCAAGGAAUGCUCAUGGCUUUGAUUCCCAGGGAAAAACACACAUAAUGAUAAUAGUUUACUUUAGAUACACAGUAAGAUUAAAAUGUAUGAUUGACAUUCCAGACAAAGCAACUGGGUAACAAACAGGGAACAUUAAAACUAUUAAGUUUUAAAAUACUCACAACGAACAAUAUCUGUUGAAUCUUUUAAAUGACUGCAUAAAGUCAAAGUUUUUAAAUCAAAUUAACAAUUACCAAUUGUAACAAUUAAAAAUUCAUUAAAUUAAUAAUAAAUCUCCAAAGAAAACACCAGAUUCAUUUUAAAUCACAUUAAUGCAAAUGGAUUCCAAACUUUUGUAUAUUUAAGCAACAAAUCACUUUUUACAGUGCAAUCUAAUCCUUAUUUUCUUACUAAAGGACUUUCCAACGCAUGGACCUUUGGAAAAACUCAUUUACAUUUGAUUUAUGUGUCAAAUUAUUUUUGAUGCCAGACAGCCGAGGCCACGUAAGUGCAUUUAUGAUGUACCUUGUAUUAGUCUCUGUGCAUGUGAAUGUAUGUUGAAUAGCCAGCACUGCCGAUCUUAACUUGGACCGCCAAAGGAACACGCUGCCAAAUGCCCGUGGACGGAGUUUGAUCUCUGUUGCUCUGUGUCAUGUAAAUUCAAAUGUAAAUUCAAUGUCUUGUCAGCUGCUCUGAGGACCCUGGGAUUCGUCAAGCCGUAUCAGAAAGGCAGCGCUUGUACGUUUUGUGAAUGUUUUCUACCGUUCAACUGUCUCUGGACUUGCAUAUUGCUUUGCAAGCUGCCAAAAAGGAUCUUAUUAAAUGGCCAUUGAACCAAAUGAAUGAUCCGCAAUCUUUCUCAUUCUUUUACCAAGACAUCUGUUGGUUAUUCUCAGAGGAGGUUUUAGGAACAAUCCUUCUGUGUCUUCAGUGACAUUUUGAAGUCAUCGUCUUUAAAGAAAAUGUCAUUCUUU